AAGUAUGAAGAGUUCUAAUUUGAUGCCGCAAACGUGACUGUAACGAGCAGGAUUCUUCAUUUGACCGAAUAACGGCGUCUACGCGGCCGCCGCGGUGAGCAACAGAGACUGGGGGCGUUCAGCUGGACUUUAUAAGCAUAUGUGCCCAAGCCUAAUCUUAUUUUUCCGAGACAUCAAUUUCUUUUCAUCUCGUGCAACAUGGGAUGGUUCAAAAUUACCGUUGAGUUUGUGCUCCAAGUGACACAAUUGAACCCUUUCCCAAACUCAUGGGGCUAUGGCGAUGCACAGAAGCCAUUCCAGAUCUCUCCUACAGAGAUCCCCUUGAUUUCUGAGGUCGGCACAUGCCCAGGGAUCCAGUGUUCCGCCCCUAAACCCUUCGUCUGCUCGUACCCUGAGUUAGAAGCAAAGGGUUGGAAGUCAUGCAACACUGAGUCAUCGCGGAGUUGCUGGCUUAGAGACGAGACUGCUUCUCAACCUUUGUUCUCUCAGUAUGAUGUCCGGACAAAUUAUGAAAAGGAUAUGCCUCCUGGUAUCAUCAGAGAGUACUGGAUCGAAGUAAAUGAGAACCCUGCUCUUCAACCUGAUGGAGUACAGAAAAUUCUUGGCAACUACUUCAAUGGAACCUACCCAGGUCCCACGAUUGAGGCAUGUUGGGGAGACACCCUUGUCAUACAUGUCACCAAUCGCAUCAGUACGAAUGGAACUACCGUGCACUGGCAUGGAAUCCGCCAGCUUAACUCGAACGAUAUGGACGGCGUUAACGGCAUUACCCAAUGCCCUAUUACUCAAGAUGACACAUUUACAUACAUCUUCAAUGCCACGCAGUAUGGACACACUUGGUAUCAUAGUCACUACUCUCUUCAGUAUCCAGAUGGCGCGGCUGCACCGCUCGUCAUUCACGGUCCCACCAGUGACGACUGGGACAUCGACCUUGGGCCAAUACUGGUGACUGAUUGGGUACACGACACAUCCUACGUGGCAUACCAAGCCGAAAUGUUCGGUGCUGGGCCCGCCUCAGACAGCAUCCUGGUUAAUGGAACGGGCCACUACACCAACAAAACGACUGGUGUUACAACCGGCUCGUACCACCAGACUUGUUUCACCCCUGGCAAGAAGCAUCUCCUCAAACUCAUUAAUGGUGGUGUUGAUAUGGAUUUCAUCUUCUCCAUUGACAACCACACGAUUAAGGUCGUUGCCAAUGACUUGGUCCCUAUCGAACCAUUUGUAGUUGAUCAGCUGUUUAUUGGAAUUGGGCAACGAUAUUCUGUCAUCGUCGAAGCCAAAAAUGACACAGAUGGUGAUUUCUGGAUGCGUACUACGCCAGCAACUAAUUGUGGCAAUUUCGGCACCAACACGCCUGAUGACAGAACAGCCGUGGUUAAGUACAAUGGAGCCAGCAACACCUGUCCCACCACGCAACCAGACAACCCUAUCAAUACCACUUGCGCGGAUGUCGAACCGUCGAAGCUUAACCCCAUUGUGCCGUGGUUGGUUGACUUCCACCCUCAGAACAACGUCACUAACGACACAUUCCGCGUUUUCCACCAAAAUGAGACUGAUUUGGAGCUCGGCCCCAAUGGAGCUCCGUAUAAACACUGGGUUCUAGGUCCUCAGCCCAUGUGGCUUGACUUUAGCAACCCGACCAUUUUGAACAUUGAGGAGUCGAUUGGAAACCCCAACUAUACUGUCAUCCAAGAGGACUACGACCGAGGUUUCGUAUACCUCAUCAUUGAUGCAUCGAUCGUUCCCCAGGUUAAUCACCCUAUUCACCUCCACGGCAGCGAUUUCGUCAUCCUAGCCCAGAGCACUGAAGCCUGGAACGAGACCGCGAGCCCCCGGCUCUUCAACUACGACAACCCACCCCGUCGCGACGUGGCCAUGCUCCCCGCGGGCGGAUUUCUCGCUAUGGCGUUCAAACCGGACAAUCCGGGAUCAUGGUUAGUGCCGCAUUGCCCUCUAUGCUGUGCUCCUCGAAUGACUUGCUUUCUAACAGACCAAAUAGGCUUGUACAUUGCCACAUAGCGUGGCACGCCAGCGCUGGUAAGUUUAUCGUCAUCGCCACUUGAAUCUCUAGUUCUCGGUG